AUGGUGUGGCUGAAGCGCCUGCUACGAUAUCACAUACCCCAUUUCUUCUCUCCAGAGGUUCUGCAGGUCCUAGAAGCGCACCAGCCUUUUUCGGGCGAGAUACGGACCACGUACGACGAUGUCAUUAUAGAUAGAGAGACCAAGCAGAUAGUUAGUCACCUAGUGUCGCUCUCCAACUUGCCACCCGAGAUGGCAUCAUGCUCCCUUCUCAAGCAUAUCCACAUCGGCGGGGCCCAUUUCUACGGCCCUCCCGGGACCGGCAAGACACACCUCAGCAGAGCGGUCGCCAAGGCGGCCUUCUCGCUCGCGGCCAAGCUCUUUCCCUGCGUGCUCUUCAUCGACGAGGGAGACUCUCUAGCGCACCGCACCAAAGGCUACUCGGGCUCGGACCUGCGGAACGUGUGCGCCGAGGCUGCCAUGAUCUGGGCCGUGGAGUAG